CAUGUGAUGUUUGAUAAUCUUUCUAAUUUACGAUCGCACAUUAAAAAUACUCCACGCAUCAAAUACUUGGAAAUAAUAUCAGUACCAUUUUUAUUAGGGUUAACUUGUAAAGAAAAUGUAGAAUGGCUUAGAGGGUUUAUUUCACAACAUAUUUCAAGCUUUUUUCAAUUAGAAAAAACAUUAUUUCAUGCUGAUUAUCAGCGAAUUAUCAGAGAGGGAUUACCUAUUGUAACUGAUGGAUGGCAAAGAUCAAAUGAAAUAGUACAAGCUUUAGGUGUGAAAUUAAUGGAAUCGCAAAACCAAAUGAAUGAAAUGAAGAAUAUUUUAAAAACAACUAAAAAUACUGAUAUCUUUUUAGAACUAAUUUUAAAUCAACCAUGUGUCACAUGUCAUGAUAUAAAUCCUUCAACCCACAAAACUAAAAUCAAAACUAAUGGAUUGGGAAUUUGCGUUACUAAGACAUGUAUACUAUGUUCUGGUGAAUCGAAAUAUUAUAAUCAAAGGUCAGAAGAUGAUUUCUCUAAAUGCUUAGCAAGUGCUGGUUUAGUUGAAGGCGUUAAUAGGAAGAAUUGUGAUCUAUUAGCAAACUUUAGUGCUGAAGAUGCUUUGGUGACAGCAUAUGAAAAAUUACAAAGUAAUGGUCAAGACAUAUUAGAAGUAUCAUUCGAUUAUGCAUGGAGUCAUAUACGUAAAACUUCACAAGCUAGUGGAGAAAUUAUCUUUAAUGAAGAAUUAGAAGAUGGAAAUCGUAUUACUAUUCAAGAGGGUAAUUAUGAUAGUAACUUACAACAGAUGGAACAUGCUAUAUUAAUCACCAUAAUUGAAAAGAUUUCAACAAUUCUAGAAAAAUAUAAUAUCAAAUUAAACAAUUGA